AUGGCCGUAAUUCAAGAGUCGGAAAGGGCGCCAGAUGCGCGGGAGACAACGCCAUUGUUGUCGCGCAUAAAGUCAGACGAGGCAAGAGCUGGACCGCGGGGCACCUCCGUGCAAUGGCGCCUCAUGCUUUGCGCUUUCUUGGUGUCCCUUUCUUUCAGCAUCACCCAAGUGCCGAUGCUGUUCGUCAUGAGAGUCAUGACUUGCGAUGCCUACUACGAAGACCUCCGUCAUGUACGCGAUCCCACAGCGAGAGAUGUAUGCGCAAAGCAUGAGAUCGAAGCCAGCACCGCGCGAUCCUUUGCGCUUCUUGCAGGUUCAACUACAUUAUUCGGCCUCAUGAACCUCCUUGUGACCGGAUGGACGAUCAAACGCUUGGGUGUCAAGAGGGCGCUGAUCAUUCAGGUAUUCUGGCCUGCUGUGAGGCUACUUGUGCAGAACAUUGGCGUAUCGAAAGGCUCCAGUGCUGGUGUUUUGAUCCUCCAGGCCAGCCAGAUAAUCACCAUUGUGGGUGGUCCUAACGGCUAUAUUCUUGCCUUGAACUCGUUCGUGGCAGACGUGGUGGAGCAUGAGGACCGGACAGGCGCGCUGGGUCGACUUCAAGGCUGCAUGUUAUUCGGAGCUGCUGUAGGCUUCUUGAUAGGCGGGUUGAUUGGAGAAGCAUUUGGAAUCGCCGCGCCAUUUCGUAUGACUGUGGUGUUGUUCCUGUUGUCAUGUGCUUAUGUCGCAGGGUGUCUCCCAUCGACGCCGCCGCAUGAGAAAGAAGAAAGCCAGGCGAACCAGCCCGCAGAUAACAGUCUUGGGCGCUUCUUUGGGCCUCUGCGUAUCUUCGCCCCUCAGAAGUGGACUCUCGCAGAUGGUCGAAAGAGCACACAGUUCGGAGCCCUGACUCUUGGCCUCGGUGUCUUCCUUGGUAUUUUAGCUACCGGCUACAUCCCUAUACUGCUUCAGAUGUACGCCACAGACAAGUUUGAAUUUGGUACAAGAGCCAAUGGUUGGCUCAUCUUUAUGUACUCGUCUCUGCGAGGAGGUUUCCUUUCUUUCAUCUUUCCCCGCAUCAUUGCUGCUGGGAGAAGAUGGCUGGAGCCGGGCGGUGCAUCGCCCAGAGAGUCAGCGGAGGAUGGACCGCUACUAGGUGGACCUGACAUUCCUACAUCACCUAACGGGAUUGGACCCAUUAAUUCCAUGGACAACUAUAUGGAGCCGGCAGGACCACCGCAGCCCAAAGACAAGCAGACAUUUGCAUUCGACCUUAUGUACGCAAGAUUCUCCCUGCUUCUAGACGGCGCAAUGACAGGACUCGCUGUGUUUGUUUCACAGGGCUACCAGCUUUACAUCGUGGCAGCUCUCCUUCCUGUAGCAGCUGGAACUGCUGCUGCUUCGAAAGGCACGAUUUUGCAAAUGCUCCCAGACAAUCAGCGCGUAGAUGCGUUGAGCGGGAUCACUCUUGUCGAAAACAUCGCAAGUCUGUCAACCACUGCGGUCUUCGGUCUAGUCUUCGCAGCCCUCGCAGAAGUAGGCAAGAUCCAUCUGAUCUUUCUCUGCAACGCAGCUGUUGCAUUGCUCGGCUUCACAGUAUUGCUCUUUUCGCAUUUUCCGCCGAACGGCAGUCGGAGGGUAGAUCUUUAG